GAGAUCAUAAAGAGCUCGAAACAUUCAUCAAGUUCUUAGUAAAUCUCCACUUUGUACUACGAUGAGGGGCUUCAGUGUUGCAGUUGCAGUGGCCAUCGUGCUCACAUGUGUCUUUCUGCAGGAGAUCUCAGCCGUCCCAAUCACUGAGGACCAGGAUCUGAUCGAAGCACUGAAUCCUGACUUUCCGAUUUCCGACUAUCAAGUAAUCCCAGCAGAUUCAUGGAAGAUGCCAUAUACCCUCAAACAGAAGCGUGACGCUCGCGGCUGCCGGUUCUGCUGCAACUGCUGCCCCAACAUGAGUGGCUGCGGGAUCUGCUGCAGAUUCUGAGAAGGUCAGCAGCAUCCUGGAUCUCUCGAAACAACAUCUUUCUU